AUGGAGCCGCGGGGCAGAAGAGACGAGAACUGGAGAACGUUCUUCUCCGAGAGGGCCCCUACCUGGCUAGUCCUCGCCCUUCUCCUUAGUGUGUGUUAUGUUCAGGGACUGGAGAUGAACACAGGGAAGAUUCCGUUUGUGCAGGCCGUGAAUGGCAGUACCGUGCUCCUGCCCUGCACAUAUGCCAGCUGCAUCGGCAUAAAGAACCUCUACUUCAAAUGGGAGUUCAAAGACAACGGGACAAUGCGACUCGUGUGUGAUGCAGUGAUCCGCGCAGAGGGGGUGGAGCCUCACCCAAAGAUUUACAAAGACAGGGUGGAGUUUGUGGGUUCCAGUAAGCAGAACAACGUGUCCAUCCUGCUUUGGAAUGUAACGUUUGAGGACGCUGGCGAGUACAUCUGCUUCGGCAAAAACCCCAAAGAGAAGGGCAAAAAUCACAGUGCAACCUUCACGCUUAUCGUAGUAGACGAAUUGCGGGUUGUGGACAACACACUCACCAUCAUCAUUGCCUCCUCAGUGGGGGGGCUCAUCGCCCUCCUCAUGGCCUUCAUGCUCCUCAAGAACUUCACCCUUUUCAUCCUCGCCAAGAUUGAGGAGAAAAAUAAGGAGUGCCUUGUCUCGUCUUCAGGGAUUGAUAAUACUGAGAAUGGCCUGUCAGGAUCCAAAGUCACACCCAAAUCGACACCAAAGAAGGCAUGA